AUGCCACUGGAAUCCUUAAACACGUUACUCAAACAGCUGGAGAAAGAAAAAUGGAGUCUCGAGAACCAAGUGAAAGACUACACACUUAGACUGGAACAAGAAUCAAAGGUUUACCACAAGACCAACAGUGAGCGCCACACGUACCUAGCAGAAAUGUCCCAGGUAACAGGCCCACAUCCAGUUUCCAAAAGACAACAGAUAGACCAACUGCCCAGAAUGAAAGAGAAUCUAAUGAAAACGGGGAGAGCUUAUGCGGUUAAUCAGAAGAUAGAGAGUGGCAAGAAAGGACCAGUGAAAAAGGUCACGAGAACAAGCCAUCUCCCAAAACUCAACCCGUGA